UUACUGGCCGUCAGUGCGGGUUCCCGGGCCGUCCCAGAAACGGAACUAGCGCUACAGCAGCGCCAGUGUCUCGGCCCGGAGACACGGCUCACUAUACCUGUCGUCCAGGAUACACGCUGUUUGGCGAGGAGGAGAGGGUGUGCCUAGAUUCUGGCAUCUGGGCGGGACGCCAACCUCUAUGCGAACUCAACCUGGCACUGAACCGCAACUCCUUGGUGUCAGCGACCCUGUGGAACUACCGUGCCGCCCUGGCAGUGGACGGUAACCCCGACACAUGCAGCUUUACACCUCGGACAGCAGAGCAGCGCUGGUGGCAGGUCGACUUGGGCACUGAUCAUCACGUAGGAUCAGUGGCACUCAUCAUCAACAAAGAUUCUUACCAGGAAUUCACCAUCUUUGUUAUUCAGCUUCUUUCGAAGAGUGAAGCUCUGUACAAACCAUGUGCUACUUUCAAAGGCCGUUUCCAGAAUCCGCGUGUCUUAUUCUCCUGUAAUGAUGGCCUCGGACACCAGGGACGUUAUGUGUACAUCCGAGAUGACAGGCGUGAUCAGGAUUACUUCAGCCUCUGUGAGGUGGAGGUGUUUGCAUACAGAGAUGAGAGCAUAUGUGGGGAGCCUGAAGAGCCUGUAGCAGGCCAUGUAUUAGUUGGUUCUGAUGGGGUGGCCAUCUAUUCGUGUUAUUCUGGUUACCAGCUUCUGGCUGAACCAAACCGAACUUGUGAAAGGGAUGGUCACUGGAUGGGACAUGCCCCACAGUGUGAAGAAAUCCUGUGUGAUUCUCCACCAACACCCUCGUUUGGUUUCCUGGAUGAAGCUGAGUUAAGGAUCAAAUAUCCCUAUAAUAGCCGAGUUAGAUACAAAUGCCAAUCUGGUUACAUCCUUUGGGGAAAUACUUCCAGUGUUUGCACCGAGAGGGGCAUUUGGUCUGGGAAGGCCCCUCAAUGUAAACCCAUCACCUGUGGAUACCCUCAGCUGUUCCCACAUACUGACGUGCAUCUGCUUAAUCAGUCCACCCUCUGGAACUCUAAGGUCAUAUACACAUGCAAGGCAGGGUAUUCCUUCACUCCAGGUGUAAUUGAUACAACAAUUUCCUGCCUUAGUUCUGGGUCUUGGGAAAAGAAAGACAUCACCUGCAUUCCUGAUGAUGACAGAAACUUGCCAGUUAAAUUAACGGGCAAAGAGUGGGGGCAACAGCCUGAGGAUCCGGGCAGUGAUUCUGGAAGUAAUGGCUUGGGAACACCAGGAAUUAUAUCAAUUGGAAUAUUCUGUAUCCUCCUCAUCAUUAUCUUCUCUGUUCUAGGCAUCUUGUUGGCCAGAAGGUUCAAGUCCAAGAAGGCAACUCAUUCAACCCCUCAGUCAUCCACUAAUGACCUGAUCAUCGGUAAUGCAAAGGAUGGCACAUAUGAUGAUGUGGCAGCCCCAGUGUUUCAAACAGUAGUCGCUCUUCAGCCCCAGUGCCUCUCCACCACCAGAAACGACUCACAAGUCAAUGAUAUGCUAACAUGCUUCACUCAGACUCAAGAACCUGCCUGUUAUGACACAUUGCAGUCUUUUCCAAGUGUAAGCAGUUACAAUUCAACAGUGGUAACAGAUAUUGAACACGAUCCAAAUAAUAUACGAAUAAAACGUGGAGAUGCUGAUGGAGAAGGGACUCAGGAUAGAGACUGUAUGCAAGAAAAACCAAGACGACCCCUCAACACUGGAUAUGAGACUGUACACAUUCGAAGAGACAGUGACCACCCCAUAAAAAUUCCAGAGUAUGAAACAGUUCGAAACCUUCAACAGAUGGCAGCAGAUUCCACAUAUGAAACUGUUCAGUCAAAUGGAUCCAUUAGUAGCCUGAGUAAAUCCAGAAACAGGAUAUAUCGUUCUGUUCCAUCUGCAUUAAAAAUAUUCCUUCAGCCAUCUUCAAAACCAUCUGAAUCAGAGCUCUGUGAUGGGGCAGUUCCUGCAGAGAUAAUGGCUCUGUAUGCUCAGGUGGAUAAGACAAAGAAACGCAGAUAUCGUUCUGAUGUGCCUAAUAAUUCAGAGGCUAACCAUAUAACUGGAAAUAAUGUUUCUAGUCAGACUGAUGAAGACUGUGAGCCUGCACAAUAUCCUGUGAGUAACAUCAUGUGUGUUUCGCAGGAUUCAUGCAGCUCAGUGGUAUGGAAUGGAAAUUCCACAGAUUGUGCUCCAAACAUAUUGCAAGAUUGUAGUUUAUCAUCCCCCAGUAGACGACCAUUACCAUCUGUACCCAAUAUUCGCUUCCUACGCACAUCACAAGAUAGUGAACCCCCAAAUCAGGCACUAGAGUGUGCCCAGUUGUGACUAUAUUUAUAUAUAUAGUGAAUCUUAGAUGUGAUACCCCUAUUUGUUUGGUGGUGAAGAACAUCUGUGAUGUGAAUAUUCAGAAACAGUGAUAAGUGGCAGCACUGUUUGUGGUCAGUUGAUCCUGCCAUUUAAUAUCGUAACUGUUAUGUGUUUUAUCAUCUUGGGUCAGGCAUCCAAUGAUUGAAUCCUGUUGUAUUUUAUAAGGAAGCAAAAUAUUUAUGGUGCAUGAACAUAAUUUGGAUUUUCAUGACUAAUUUAAUUAAAGGAUUAUUAUGAUCCUGUGGCAUGCAUUAUCAAGAAUUUUAAUUUAGAUGGUGUUUGGAGAGUCUUUCCCUUAUACUACAAUAAUGGCACACAGAAUAAUUGUCCCCUUGUUUCUUCUGUCAGUUUUAGUCUCAGCAUAAACACAUACUGUAUGAGUUGCCAUCCACAAUUGGUAAAGGAGUUCAAAUUUGUUUAAAGCAAUUCGUAAUUAUGUAAGAUUUGAGGUUUUCACGGCGGUGACUAUGAAGAAAACAGUCUUCUGGGAUUUUGCACCGUGUAUA